AAAAAAAGGUAGACUUGAAGUAGUAAAUGAGAUUAUGAGAAUCACUUCAAAAUUGUCUUCAUGAAUCAUGAGUUUCUUUUUGGACUAUGAUAAAACUUAUGAAAAUCAUAAUGUCAUUUGAUUAUAUUAAUGUCUUCAUUCAAAGUUUGUGUCUUCACCACUACUGAUUUUCGGCGUUUGUUUAAAUUAUUUUGCCUACAAAUAAGAAAGAAACUAUUUGUAUUUUCUCUUGCAGUUAAUUGGCUUACUCGCCAUAGGCGAAGAUGAUUUUUCUUUCUUUUUUUCAUUAAAGACAUGUUGCCGGCGCUAAACAAGAAAAAUCGCUGUUUGGUCAUUUGGUCGAACACCUUAUGUGCACACCAUUGGACAGUGUUUCUUUUGGCUUAUUCAUCAAAGAUACAAUAAAUUACUCCCAAACCAAUGGAGCUUAACCAUUUAGAUCCCGAGUCCGAGGAUGUAGAUAAGGAGUUGCCCGUGCAGAGAAAUCUCGAGGAGAACGGCUUUCACCACUUACAUUAUCCAUCUUCAGUUAGAAAAAAAGCUUACAUUUUCGACGGUGAUGGCAAUUACUACAAUAAGGAAUGGGAUCUUGCACAAGGCACAGGCAAUGAGUUCUGUUGGUACCAUGUCGAACUCCCGAAAGGCAAUCAAAAGCUAGCCCAACUCGCACAGUACCUUAUCGAUGUCCUUUGCCCUCCCCUCAAGCUCCAAGACAUACUCUCGCUUGUUAGCAAUGGGCCGUUUUGCGGGCACGUUGAUGGGGCCCUCGUUUUCAGGGUAAAUUCACCUGGGCCCGCCUCAAGCAAGUUUACUUUUAGGAUUGCUGCAAGAAUUACCGAGGGCUCGGUCAUUACUGUUUCGUUGGGCCGGGUUCCAAGAUUGGGCUUUUCGCCUGCGAACGAGUCUUUGCUGUCUGAGAUUCCGGUUGUUGAGGGUUCUAGCCGUGGGGGUGGUGAAAAUGAGGGUCCGGGUGGUAUUGUGAUUCGAGAACAUGUAUUGGAUUUUCUCCUGACGAUGAAUCAUUCGGAAGAGGCAGAUAAUCCGGUGCCUAGGAAGGUCUCGAAUCUCGUUGUUCAUGUUGUGGAUACACAUGUGGAUCACCUUCAGGACCUCGUGACGAAGCUCGAGAUUGAGCUGGAUGCUGUCGAGUUUGAGUUGGAUAGAGUGGAAUGUAUAAUCUGGUGCUUUGGGAGAAAAAAAGAAGAUGCAAAACUUUCUAAGUCUUGGUGUUGUGAUUAUGUGAACAUAACUUGGUAUAGUUUUCCUAAUUCAUCUGCUAUAUUACUGGAAAGCUGUGACCUUGACAUGGAAGAGAGCUUUUUGCUCCCUUUUUUGCAUCUGUUUAGUGAUUUACUUUGGAAAUUUGAAGAAAUACUUCAUGUCAGUUGGUUUGUUGUGAAAAUUGGUGGCUUUGCUUUGAAAAAACAAUUAUUAGAUGACAGGAAAUUUCCAAAAAUGCAUCUCGACUUGCAACGUCUUUUGCAGGUGAUUGCACAUGGCGAACAAGUAUUCCCCCGAGUUAAGGAAAAGUGUUCGUCAAAAGAAUGGUUUGCGAGUGAAGACAUUAAUGCCUUAGAGGAAUUGAUUGGACGGAUAAGGAGACUAAAGGAGAAUGUCGGAUUUAUAGCUAAUCGUGUGACGGCAAUUCAGGCAGGCCUGGACAGCUGGCAGGCCGAGCAGAUUAAUCGAAAAUUAUACUAUCUUUCAUUCCUCUCCAUCAUAUUUCUGCCCUUAUCCAUAAUUACCGGAGUGUUUGGGAUGAAUGUCGGUGGAGUUCCAUGGACAGGACAAAGGGACCCUGAACUGAAAGACGGGUUUCGUAAUGUAAUGAUUCUCUGUUUGGCAAUGCUGAUAAUCAUUCUAUUGUGCUUCCUUUUUCCGGCACUUUAUAAAGGUAUUGAGCAUAGGUUAUGA